CCAUGAAUUGUCUACUCCACCAUAUCAGGUGACUAUGACUCCCUCCGGCGGAAUACCGCGGUCUCCUAGCCAUGAAUCAUUUACUACAGACCUCUCAUUAAUGUCUUUGUCAAGUUUAGGAUCAGAAAUAGGCAAGGCGAAGACCUCUUUGAUAAUAAAUGCAAAGAAUGGUGAAUCAUCUGACGAAUCACUAAAGCUUAGCCCUCAACCUGGAAAAUUUACUUUGAAUGAGGGUAGUCUGGGUAAUUCUUGUGGUAGUUUGUUGCAAGUACCUCGUGAUCAUUAUGGGGUUCGGAACAGGACAACUGUUGUAGGAGAAGUCCUAUUUGAAGAAGAAUCAAAACUCAUUCGUGACUGUGGGGCUCUUUCGAGUGUGUUAGGGCUGGUGAAAAGCUUUAGCACAAGUGACAUCAAUCAUACCAUCAAUGUGGAGGAAGAUUCACUUCGGCCUUGUUCUUCUGAAGCUGCUGUUUGUGACUGGGGGAAAUACGGACUGCAGAACGUUGGGUUGGAUGGUACAUCACGCUCUCUGUCUACCUGGGUAGCUGUUGGUGAUGUAUUAUCAACAUCGCAACUCCCAUCGCCCCAACCUUCAUCAGGUCCUUUUGAAGAAGUUACGUCAAUCACAGCCUCAGAGUUUGUCUGGUCAGUGAAUAAAAAAGCCCGACAGAUGUAUAUUCGACAACGAGUUUUGUCUAUCUAUAAAACUUUAAAAAGGUUAACUCAGAGUGAGCUAGAUUUAAAUAAAGCAAUAUCGGAGCAUGAAAUCAAGAUCAAUAUACCCCACGUUGAAAUAUCCCCAGAACUGUCUCAGAGUAUCAGAAGCGAGGUGGGAAUAUAUGGCCUGGGAUUCAGAGGUUCCAACAAAAAUCUCAGUCUAACUGUAAAGGAUAUCGAACGUGAUAAAGGAAAGUCACUUACGAAGUAUGAAAGAAACAUGAUGAUUUUUAACUGGCUUCAUAAUUUAGAUGAAAAUGUUUUUGAGUUAUCAUAAUAGGUCAAGAAGUGACCUAUAGACCGGGAACUUGAAAUUUUCUCUCAUGUCUUUUUUAGGUUGGAUAUGUUCGUUCAGUUUAUCUGCAAUUCCAUUUUUAAAUUACUACAAAUUGUCUAAGUUGAUCAUUUUUCUAAUUAUUGUAGACAGCUCUAAAUUUAAAACAAGACACUGAGUUUUGAAUGGAGCAAUAAUAAUAAUCAAGAUUUUGAUAGAUUUAACAGUUACUGUUAUUUUUAGGAUGCUUCUAGUUACUAGCUGUGAACUUAUUUUAAUCAAGUAUUUUCCGCCAGCAGAGUAAUAGCCUCAAUAACUAUUGUAGAUAACCAAAACUUACAGAAAUUCACAGAAAUUUUCAUAAUUUAGUUUAUCUGGCUUCGAUAGUGUUAUUCUAAUACAAAAUAUGUGUCAGGGUUUUAAAUAUGAUUGGACUGGGAUUCUUCUACAGUAGGUGUCUGUGAUAAAU